CAACCUUCUCCUUCUUCUCCUCCUCUAUAACCUUCACCUCAACAUCCUCUUCCAUUCUUCAAUCUCAUCAAUGGCUUUCUCUAAUAAUACCAUCUUUUUACCGAUCAUUUUCAUCCUAUUCCUCAACACUUGUCCUACCACUGCACUACAUUCAUCUCUAACAAAACAAGCAUCCAUUCUAGUCUUAUUCAAGCAGUAUCUCCACACUCCAAACUCUAUCCUCAAGACUUGGAACAUAGCAAAUGCUCCAUCUCUAUGUUCUUGGACCGGUGUUCGCUGUGAUGAAUCAACAAAGACUACAGUAGUUUCUCUAGACAUAUCCAACUUGAAUAUAACUGGUAUCAUUUCCCCGGCAAUCUCCGAGCUCAACAGCCUUACUUAUCUCUCCGUCGCCGGCAAUUUACUCUCCGGUGAGUUCCCAAGCAGCAUUGCUAAUCUUCAAAGCUUGAGACAUCUCAACAUAUCUAACAACCAGUUCAAUGGUACACUUUCUUGGAACUUCUCUUCCAUGCUCAACUUGGAAGUUUUAGACACUUACAACAACAAUCUAUAUGGAACACUUCCUAUGAAUCUCACUCAACUGCCAAAACUCCGGCAUUUAGACCUCGGAGGCAACUACUUCUCUGGUGAGAUUCCGUCGAGCUAUGGCCAGUUUAGAUCGGUAAGCUAUUUAUCGCUUGCCGGCAAUGACUUAGGUGGAUACAUUCCCCUGGAGAUCGGAAACCUCACCACAUUGAAGCAGUUAUACUUAGGCUACUACAAUAAGUUCGAAGGCGGGAUUCCGGUGGAGUUGAAGAACUUGUUUAAUCUCAUUCAUCUUGAUCUGUCUAGCUGUGGAUUACGAGGAAAGAUACCUCCUGAAUUCGGUGAUCUUCUGAAACUAGACACUCUCUUCUUACAAUUCAAUCAGCUAACUGGUGUUAUUCCUCCUCAACUUGGAAACUUAAGCAGUUUGAGGUUUCUCGAUCUUUCAAACAAUGUGCUUACCGGAGAAAUUCCCCGAGAAUUCUCCAAGCUCAGAAACUUAACUUUGUUGCAUCUCUUCAUCAACCGAUUUCACGGUGAGAUACCGAAGUUUAUCGCUGAUUUGCCUAACUUGGCUGUACUAAUGCUAUGGCAGAACAACUUCACCGGCAUUAUCCCCCCGGAGCUUGGAAGCAAUGGGUUACUAAAAGAGCUUGAUUUAUCGACGAACAAGCUCACCGGUGUAAUCCCGAAAGCUCUCUGCUAUGGAAGGAAGCUUGAGAAGCUCAUUCUUCUCAACAACUUCCUUUUCGGUCCCUUGCCUGAUGAUCUUGGACAAUGCACUACUCUAUGGAGAGUUCGAAUGGGUCAGAAUUACUUAACAGGAUCGAUUCCUCCUGGUUUUCUUUAUCUUCCUGAGUUGUUACUUAUGGAGUUGCAGAACAAUUAUCUCACUGGAAAGAUCACCGAUGAACCGAUGAAAAAACCUGUGAAGCUAGGCCAGAUGAAUCUGUCUAAUAACCGAUUGUUCGGUCAGCUUCCGGCCUCUAUAGGAAACUUCUCGGCGUUGCAGAUUCUUUCACUCAAUGGCAACCAAUUCACAGGAGAGAUUCCUUCUCAAUUAGGCCAAUUGAAACAGGCCUUGAAGAUUGAUUUGAGUAGGAACAACUUCACUGGGAGAGUUCCUCAAGAGAUUGGAGAUUGUUCAUUGCUCACUUAUUUGGAUUUGAGCCAGAAUCAGCUCAAUGGUCCACUACCAACUCAGCUGUCUCAAAUCAGGAUCCUGAAUUACCUCAAUGUGUCUUGGAAUCACUUGAAUGAGAGCAUUCCAAGAGAGAUUGGAAGCAUGAAGAGUCUCACUUCUGUUGAUUUCUCACACAACGAAUUCUCGGGGAGGAUACCAGAGACAGGGCAGUUUGCUUACUUCAAUGCAUCGUCUUUUGUCGCUAAUCCUCAGCUCUGUGGUUCACUUUCGAAUCCGUGCAACCUCUCAGCAGCUUCUACAUUCAUACCAGAACAAAAACAUGGAGUGAAGUCUCAACUCCCUGGAAAAUUUAAGCUUCUUUUCGCUCUUGGAUUGCUAACAUGCUCACUGGUUUUCGCUACGACAGUUGUGAUCAAGACAAGAUCAAUGAUGAAGAGAAACUCAGAGUCAUGGAAACUGACUGCAUUCCAAAAACUUGAUUUCGCGAGUGAUGACAUUGUCGAAUGCCUGAAAGAGAACUCAAUUAUAGGCAGAGGAGGAGCCGGAAUUGUUUAUCGAGGCACAAUGCCGAACGGUGAGCAAGUGGCAGUGAAGAGGUUGCUAGGAAUAACCAAAGGUUCAUCUCAUGACAAUGGCUUCUCUGCUGAAAUUCAAACACUGGGAAAGAUCAGGCACAGAAACAUUGUCAGAUUGCUUGCAUUUUGCUCAAACAAAGACACUAAACUUUUGGUUUAUGAGUACAUGCCAAAUGGGAGUUUAGGAGAAGUGUUGCAUGGCAAGAGAGGUGCAUAUCUCAAUUGGGGAACAAGAUUGAAGAUUGCCAUUGAAGCUGCAAGAGGAUUGUGUUAUUUGCACCAUGAUUGCAGUCCUUUGAUUCUUCACAGAGAUGUGAAAUCUAAUAACAUUUUGCUUGAUGCUGAGUAUGAGGCUCAUGUUGCAGACUUUGGAUUGGCUAAGUUCUUGAGAGAUACCGGCACUUCUGAAUGCAUGUCUGCUAUUGCUGGUUCUUAUGGAUACAUUGCUCCAGAGUACGCGUACACAUUAAAAGUGGAUGAGAAGAGCGAUGUAUAUAGUUUCGGAGUGGUGUUGUUGGAGUUGAUAACAGGGAAGAAACCAGUGGGAGACUUUGGAGAGGAAGGAGUGGACAUAGUGCAAUGGGCAAGGAUGAGCACAAAUUGGAGCAAGGAAGGAGUGGUGAGAAUAAUGGACCCAAGACUAGUGAAUGUCCCAAUGGAGGAGGCCAUGCAAGUGUUCUUUGUGGGGAUGCUUUGUGUGCAGGAGCACAGUGUGGAAAGACCUACCAUGAGAGAAGUGGUCCAAAUGCUUGAGCAAGCCAAGAAGACUGACAUCUUUCAAUCCAUUCCUUGAUCAUCAAUCAAUUCACACCAAUCAUCCUUUGUGUUUCUUUAUUCAUAGGGUUUUGUUGUUGUUGUAGAUUGGGAUUUGACCCUUUUUUUUAUUUUUAUUUUUUGUUUGCGUGAGUUGUUGGCAGGGUUGUUAUGUUUUGUAUUC